AUGAUAUUUACUCAACGCAACUUUACUCGAUUAAUGUUUAUGAUGAUGGCAAAAGUGUGGGGAGUAAAUGGAGGUGGAGGUGCAACUGCCCCGAUUUCCGCGUUCUCUUCAGCCUUUGUGCCACCGAUGCAUAAUAAUAUGCCUCUGAAAAAAUCGCCAACGAAUCUCCACGUUCUAGCGCUUAAUUCAGGGAAGAAAUCUUUUCCGGCUGUUCAAUCAAAACAUUCGUUUGAUAAUCCUAAAUUUGCAAUGAAGCAUAAAAAUGCUCUUGUAUCGAAUUUAGGGGAAACGAUUGGAGAAGAAAAAAAUAAAGUUGUUGCCAAUCAAGAAAAAGAUAUUCGUCUACUUAAUGGCGCCGAAACGUUGCCGAUAGCAUCGCGUCGCCUUUUGUUAGAACCGAACAAAUUGAAGGCAUUUGAUUUAAGCAAAGAACCGUUGAAGACUUUUGAUCACGCAAACGCAGAAAUGAUCAUUAGACACGCUGUUCCAGAAGGUAUUUUUACUCAUUAA